AUGCGUGCGGCCGCGGAGAGUGCCUCUCGCGCCUCAGCAGCAGGCGGUUUUUCGCCUGUUGUCGUGGAUCCUCCACGUGGUGAGUCACAACGUGCGACAGGUACAUCCGUUGCGUCUGCAGCGGGUACCUCGAAUCGUAAUCAAGACGAGUCUGAGAUAGAGCUCAUCUAUUCCGGCGAGUCGGAUGAUGCAUCCGACUCGAUGGCGACUCCUCACACCUCGGGAUCACCCGGGACGGACGCUGCAAAAGCCAGGCUGACUGGCUCUGGUCAGCGCGGCAGUAUCAUGACCGAAAUCUUCGGAUCGUUGGUUGUUCCGAAGAAUCUCCGUCCCAUGCAAGUCCAUCCAACGACAGGACGCGUGGGGAUGGUGGUGGUGCACCUAUACAUCACCACGAGCGAAGUAAUUCAAGGGAUUAAGCUACCACUGGUGCCAGUGCUCUUGCUGGAUCUAAUCAAGAGGCCAGAAACCGAAAUGUCCUGCGCCACGCCCCUCAAGUGGAGUCACUUUAAAUGCCAUCAUCCAAGGAGUUGGAUCAAGUGA